AUGCCUGAGGAACCACCAAGACGUCGGGGACGACCCCGAAAAGUACACACGGAAGAGGAGCGGCUAGCCGCCCAACGGGAGCAUUCGCAAAAGUACCGUCAACGUGUACAACAAGAUAAAGGAGAAUCUUUGUCAUUCACCGGAUACUAUCAGCACAUCCCUUAUGUUCCAACCAGUUCAUCAGCCAUGGCCCAAUUGCCACCACAUAUCAUCUUACCGAAUGACUCCUACCUACCACUUGACCUCAGUUGUGGGGACCCAGGACAACCUAGCUCUCUUUCGUAUGGCGACAAUACUGCGGCUCAUGAUGGUCCCAGUUACGAUCUGGGUGAUUACUGUCCGUUCGAUAGUGAUAGCACUACCAGCCAUGAAUCUACUGCUUCGAGCGCAAGUACCAGAGACUGUCAGGUGUUGUUCUCGGAUCUUCCUACUGAAUACAUAAGAAAUCAUCGAUCCGAACAAGGUGACGAAAUUCAAGAGCUCCUCGAACCAUUCGGGAAGGGCCUCCAUAUUUCCCCGACGGCCUCCCUAGACGAUCUUCGACAAGAUUUCGACACUCUAUCAUCUGGUGAAGAAGUCUCCGAACCCGGCCAUCGAUCAUUGGAUACUUCUCACGAGGAGCAGACAGUUCCCUCACUUGAACGUUAUCUUGCGAGAGAAUGGACCGAACACCCUAGUUGCUCGAGACAGUCACAUAAGGAAGAUCAUGAGGAACUAGCGAAGAACAAAUGUCAUCGGUCUUGUGAUUCUCUCAACGAUGUUGUCGCCCGGCUAGAUGGCUUGAUCGGUGACGAAAAUAACCGUCACCCACUCCCAAACGUAAUGGAUCCUUCGUUCGAUCUUCUGAGUCAUACCCAACAUACUGAACCUGCUAAUAAUGAGGGAACCUCUCGAAACUCGCCUCCCCUAAACAACGUAUGUGGCCAUGACUAUCGGGAAGCAUGCCAGAUAGCGUUAGAAGGAGCGCCCAACGGGGGUGCGCCACCGAGCCUCUGCCUCUCAAAACGACAUAGCAUUGAGAAUCCACUUGCAGAGGAUUUCCUCCAGAGAACUUAUGAUGUUGAUAGCAUUUGUAGCUUUCCUUCAUCACUUGCCGUCGCUAAAUUUGGUAUCCAAUGGUAUCCCCAGCCAUAUGCAAUCUUCAAUCACACAAACAAUGUACACUUUAGUAUCGACAUUCCGAACAACAGCUUCACUAGGCUGGGUACCUGUUCUAGGGGAAGCUCUCCACAUCGGCAACCCCUGCAUCACGUUCCCAACUAUUGUUUUGGACGAGUCCAGGGGUUAACUGAUACGUUCAUAUGGAUUUUCUUUCCAGCCUUAUACAUGCAGACUUCACAAGAGGAUCCCUUGAAACGAACCUGCAUUGCCCGGGACCAAUACUCUUGCUGGUAUGAUCAUGUUUUGUUUCCAGCUAUCGCAGCUGCGGUACGGGACCCAAAUAUACUCCAGUAUAUUCCCAAGAACCUCAACAUUGCCCAGACUAACUCUCGUGCUCGGCAAGAAGGAAUUUCCACUGAACGGCUCUCGGAUAUGAACGCGGAAUUUGGAAUACUCGGUCAGGGUAGGAGAAGUACUUCGCUCUCUUACGUCCUCCAGAAUAGACAUCUUGAGGCCAUAUGGGAAGGAGUUCGUACUCGUGCGGCGACAUACCCCCAAUUCGCCGGUAUAAAACUAUAUCUGGGUGCCAAAAACCUCAAACUUGUCUACAUGAACACCGAUAUCAGGCAAACGAUUCGAGCCUGGCGUAGUCAGUGGCAGAAUGCUGUGGAUCGGGCAUUUCUUGAUCCUUCUGAUACGUACGUCGAUAUUGGGCGCCAAUAUACUCCUCGCAUUGGAUCUGUCGCCGAAGCCAACGUCCUCAUGUGGCGACGAUGCUGUCUGAAGCAACUAUGGAGACAACGACAAGCGUGGAGCAGUCAGUACAACGCCAUGUAUCCAUUUGUAUGCAGCUCGCUCGAAGACAUAGCGACCUCAAAGUCCCGGUCUGUUCCUCUUCGGCUCAUCGAAUACCCCAGGUUUACACUACGUGAUACGAUUGAUAUGACGAUACAGCCUGCAGAUAAGAGCCGAGAGGUCGGUGAGGGUCUCAUAUACAGUCAAUUCUAUAACCUUGUCAAGAUUCCUUUCGAUGCUGCUAAGCAAUACCCGUUUCAGAAUCGUCAACUCGAAAAGAUGGCUCUCGAUCCGUCGUACGUAGCUGACUACGAAAGAUCCACUCGAGGAAGUCAUGCCAAUCAAGCCUCGCUCAGUCUGGCCUACCGUUUGAGUAAACUACGGGUAAGAGCAAGCUUAGUCCAAGAUGACGAAGGCAGUGUGUCAGUCCCUUUCAGUUACGGGGUUCGAGCAGAAGAUCGAGUCUCGGUGAAGCUGCUCGACCUUGUCCUCUCACAUUUCGAUUCUUUGGAAUCUACGCGUCAAUCUGAUCCUAUCACGGUAUGUCAAGAUCAAGAACUUCCAUUUUUCGCUAUCCCUUCAACCACCAUGACGCGUUUCUUGCAUGGUACUGUCAACAAAUACUGCUUUCUUUUCGAAUACAUUAAAUCCCAAGCUGGGGCACGGUACUCUCUGCCCGAAACCGUUGUCAUGACAUUGGCGCUUCGAAGCUUGCGUUUCGCAACUUCUGGAAUUAUUGCCAAAGAAUCAAUACUUUGGAAAGAUCGUUGGCAACAGAGCAAACAAGUUACCUCGCGAAGUGGCCAGCGUCAGAGUUCUGAGGUCGAGCGAGAAGGCCUUGGAUUAAAUAGAACAUCAAAGGACUAUGGUUUAGGCUGGUGGCUCCCGGGUAAGUUCAACUGGGACGAAUGGCGUUUUAGAGGUGACGUGAACGAGAGGUUGGUUGCAGGUAACAGUCUCCUACACAUCGAGUACGGUCGACAGUGGAAAGUCAUCAAAGACAUUCGUGACGUCCACGCAAGGAUGUGGCAGGCAAAUAAGUGGGUCAAGCAGUACUCUGUGCGCAAAUCACAGAGAAACCGAAACAUCUGGUUCGAGUAUUUGUCCAACACAGUUAUUGAGCUCUUCCAGUCUGAGGUUUGGCGGGCGGCAAGAAAAAGCCUUGACUGGAAAAGCGGCUCAGACCUCACGGAUGAAGCAGCCGCCAGUUAUCCCGCAGAUCAGCCUCCUCCAUAUUGCUACGAUGCUCUCGCAAGUUCCUUCCAUGACCGUCGCCGCAAUGUCAAUCACACCCGACCCUACUUUUUAACGGGCAACAAGAUUCGCUCCUCUUCCGUAUGGGAUCUAGUGUGCGAUCAUCUCGGAUUCAAUUUACAUGAUGGUCGCUUGGAAUCACGCGAUGGCCUGCAGCCGUUACAUCAUCGCAUAGCUGUUCGACGCAGCGUGGAGAUGAUUAGCGAGGUACUAGGCCAUAGUGAAGCGUGCCGGUGGUACAAAGAACUUGGCCAUCUUCUCCUACUAACGAACUGGAUUCUUCCUUGGCCUUCAACUAGAUUACUGAUUUCAACUACGAAAGAAAGUCAUAGGAAGAAUCUCAAGCGGCGACUUAUCUGGGUUUCCCUCAUAUAUGCUCCAGCAAAGCUGAGUCCGUUCUUGAGUCCAAACCUUCCAACACAUCCUUUACAAGACGAAGAACGCUGUAUAACAGUCCAUGAUAAUUUAAGACAAACUUUGACCUGUAUUACAGCCGAGCGUUUUGGAGCAUCCGGCUGGACAGAAGAUUGCGAUCCCUCUGAGCCUCGUUUCCAUUGGACGUCCGAAGAUUUGAUACGAUAUGUUGGAGGCACUGUAACCAUAGGUUCCUUCAAGAUCGGUCGAGCUGUACAGUCAGGGAGCCGCAAAGGGUUCAUUUAUCCCCUGGCUGAGCGUGGCCGACCACCAGUCUUGCGUCUCACGGAUCGCAUAAGAGGACGCACACUUGAAGAACUUGAACGUUUGUUUAGCGAUAUCAUUCGCUCUGCGCAGUCAGAAUCAGAGUUAGGGAGGGGCGCGACGAGCAUCGAAUCACUAGAACAGAUACCGCCACCGAUGGUGAAUCCAGGCGAUUGCAUCGAUGCAUAUCCGACCCAUUCUCUGGAACCGAAUUUAGACCAACAGUCAACGCCAUACAAUGGCUUCAUCAACUCUUCUACCAGCUCUAGUGAUGGCAGCAAUGAUGAUGUAGUGGAUUCAGAUAGUGAUUGGAAACCACCAAAGAGACUAAGGCGUGCAUGCAAUCAAUCCAAUUCCAUGUUGAUAGCACAUGUCACUGCUUCAUUGUCUCAAGCCGCGCCAAAACGUCGAGGCCGCCCCGCGAGGAAAGUCCCACAAACGGAAGAAGAACGGCUCGCCUCGCAACGCGCGCGAUCGCAAAGGUACUACCGACGACAGCACGAGCAGUCCGUUGAUUCCCACCGCGUUGCCAUUGGAUCGCAGAAUGCGGAGUUUGUAUACCAUUACCAACCCCAUCCGCCUGCCUUACCAUCGACUACGAACCCCGUUAUUGGCCUCCACUUAGAGCCGCACCUUCACAUACCCACCCCUUUAGAAGAAGAUCUGGUAGUCGAGCCCACCUGUGUCGGCGAUUAUGACGCGUCGGUAGAGCCGGACACGGACCCAACAGCGGCACCAACGUCGUGGAAUCCACCGGUCUGGAACCAUCACGAGAAUUCACGGGUCGCACGGUCGAGUUUAGAUGAUACAUCCGAAGAUAACUACAAUCCAUUAUUCGAGGACUCUCUAAUACAACUCGAGCUUAUCUCACAAGGACAAGACAAUGCAGGAGAUGGCUACGACGCGGUCAUUGGUAGGGGCGAAGCCAAUUCUCCGCAGCUCGAAGCUCGAGACGAAGAGCUGCAGGAUUUAGUUGAUAAGGUCCAGCAGUUGCUCAUCACGACGUCGCUAGAUAGAGAGGCAACAAAUACGAUCGAAUCACCAGUAGCUUCCGGCUCAGUGCUUUUGCAAGACGAUAAUACGAGAUUCUCGACUCCACGAUCUCAAGGUUCUGCUCGCGGAAAGGUGGCAAGACGAAGCCAUCCGACAUCAUCAUCUGCAACGCCGUCGUCGCAGUUACGAAAGACAAGCACGUUGGAUAAUUGGGUGCGGCGGCCUUGUACUCGCUCGUCAGACGACUCUUCCAGUGGGGUAACCUCACAAGCGUACGACUGCGGCGGAUUCCUUCUACCAUCAGCCACGGGUGUGCAAAGGUUCACGCGGGAACACUCGGGCUUUGUCGAUCGUUCUAGUGCCGUAUCGCCAUCAUCCUCAACACCUAGAGGAUUUAGAGUAGAAUGGAUCUAUUAUGGGCUCUACUCGUGGAACCUCCGUCGUCGGUUGGAACGGGAAGGCUACCUUACCACUGAUGACGUUCUCUGCGGUAUGCGGCUGGCCAUUGAGCUGAGCGGCCGUCGGGACGUCACGACGCUCGCACGCGCCAUCCAUCUUGGUGAGCCUCAGAACAACUCUAUCCAGCUGAGCCAGGCCGAGAUCGAAGAUAUAAGACGGCAUAACGCCACAAUACUGUCGAUCUUUCGUCCAGGUAUCGAGAAUGGGGUCGGUCACUGGUCACUUGCCAUCUAUCAGCCAGCACGGCCGCAUUUCUUCUUCUGCGAUUCACUUGGAAGUCGUGAUGACUGCUACCAUUCUGCGCUCCGAGACAUCCACGACUCGGUACUUCCAGACUCUGCGCCCGCAUCUAUUUGCGAUAUGCUAAUCACUCGACAACAGGAGCCGUAUUUAUCCGAGAUGCAAGACCCAGACUUGCGAGAGGUUGGUGCUAUAUCGUACUGGAUCGAGGUGAUAUUGCAAUAUUUGGGCGCAACAAUAAAUCACAGUGCCACCUCCGUCGGCAGCAGGAGGAGUAGUAGUAACGAUGCAGUUACUAUAUCAGAGCCGGCUGACCCUGCGCUGCUCCUGUUCCAAGAGUGGAGCAGACCGUUGGCGGAUGCAACUAUAAAGCGAGGCAUCUCCCUAAACUGUUCUUCUCUGUUGGAUAUUGCAAAGAGGUUAGAGGGUGUGACUGGGGAGGAUGUCACAAACGGGCCACUACCUUGCGUCCUUGACCCUGCGAAGGAUCUCUUGAGGUCCGGCAUGCGGGAGUCCUCAUCAUCGGACGCUGGCCUAACACGCUAUGGCGGACCCUGCAAAGCUGCCAUGGAAGGCUUGGUAGAGGGUGAACAAGAUCCGCCCUAUCUCUGCAUGCAUUCCAACCAUAGUGCUCGACGUCUGGAAGAUGACAGGAUAUCGUCGUCCUACGACAUCGAUAGUCUUUGCAGCUUCCCCACGUCCCUUGGCGUGGCCCGGCUGGGGAUUCAGUGGUAUACUCAGUCGCAUGUCACGCUCAACCUAGUCGACAAUAUCCAUCUGAGCAUGGAAAUCCCAGGUACGCGUAAGCAAGAUGGCGCGGUGACAACCCAGCCUCUCCAUACCAUCCCCAACUACUGCCUUAGACGUAUCAUUGGCCUUGCAGAUACGUUCAUCUGGGCCUUCUUCCCUGCCCUUUUCUCCAGCAAGCUCUCCGAUCCUUACAGCCAGACCUGUAUUCCUAAAAAGAACUUCUAUAUCCCAAAGACACAUACCAUCGCGUCUUCGGACUGCAGUGCGCCCCGGGAAGCGUUAGUAGCUCUGGCGGUGGCGGAGGAAGAUGAGGCCGAUAUGGAAGAAGAACUGGAUGGGUUUACCGGAGCGAAAAGACGAGAUGGUCCGGCCGCAUAG